AGGUGCAAGAGGGAGGCAUGUGCAACAGGAAUUUCGUGGCCAAGGUGAUGGAGGACAGGAUCCUGGUGCCCCCCAUCCCAGCCCUCGGCUGGGCUGCUCCAGGAUGCCAGGUUGUGGUGAAGGAGGAACCGGAGGAGGAGCUGCCUAUUGCGUGCCCUUUGCAAAGCCCGGUCGAGACGGAGGGGGAGGCACCGCUUGGCCCCAUGGCAGGGAUCAAGCCAGACACGGCCAUCAAGACAGAGUCCCAGGAGGAUUCCUACGGGGAAGGGCCCUGGGAGUCGAGUGACGGAGAAUCUGGCGAUGACGAUGACACGGACGCCUCCGACACCAAGCCCGAUGUCAUUGUGAAGAUGGAGCCAGAUGAUGAAGAGGAGGAGUUUGGGGGCCCCAGGGGUGGCUGCAGGGAGUUGCACCAGGGCGCCUUGGAGGCGGGAGGCGUGCUGAUGGGCCUGGAGGAGUUCCAGCCAGGCAGCCGAGUGGCCCCGUCCCAGAGUUCUCUGAAGAGCAGAAGCCUCAACAACUGGUCGGCGCCAAGGACAGGCCCAGGCACCCAGGCGGCCACGGCGCAGAUGCCGGAGAGGAGGGGGCAGGCUGCUCCUGGAGGGUCCAGGGAUGCUGGGGAGGAGCUCCCCCAGCCCCCGCCUGGCACCCUGGAAGUGGGCAGCCGCCCCCCCAAGAGCCAUGCUGCCGAGCGGCCUUUUGCCUGCAGCGUGUGUGGGAAGCGGUUCCAGCACCGGGGCAACCUGAUCACCCACCUGCGGGUGCACACAGGGGAGAAGCCGUUCCCUUGCACAGAGUGUGGCAAGAGCUUCAGCCAGAAGGGCGACCUGAUGCGCCACCUGCGCAUCCACACGGGGGAGAAGCCCUUUGAGUGCACCGUCUGCGGCAAGAGCUUCUGCUCCAAGCAGACCUUCAUCCUCCACCAGCGCAUCCACACGGGGGAGAAGCCCUUCUCGUGCGAGGAGUGCGGGAAGAGCUUCAACCGCAAGGCCAACUUCGUCACCCACCAGAAGAUCCACCGGGGGGAGCGGCCCUUCGUCUGCGGCGAGUGCGGCAAGGGCUUCUGCGCCAAGAAGACCUUCAUCCUCCACCAGAAGAUCCAUGUGGGCGAGCGGCCCUUCGGCUGCUCCGAGUGCGGGAAGAGCUUCAGCCGCAACGGGGACCUCACCCGCCACCAGCGCAUCCACACCGGGGAGCGGCCCUUCGCCUGCGCCGACUGUGGGAAGUGCUUCAGCCACAACGGGGAGCUGAUCAAGCACCAGCGCAUCCACACGGGGGAGAAGCCCUUCUCCUGCCUGGAGUGUGGGAAGAGCUUCAACCGCAAGGGCACCCUUGUCACCCACCAGCGCAUCCACACGGGCGAGCGGCCCUUCGUCUGCGGCGAGUGCGGCAAGACCUUCAACCUCAAGACCACCCUGAUGAAGCACCGGCGCAUCCACACCGGGGAGCGCCCCUUCCCCUGCCUGGAGUGCGGCAAGAGCUUCAAGUACAAGGGGAACCUGCGCACCCACCACCUCACCCACACCGUGGAGCGGGUCCACCCAUGCACCGAGUGCGGCGCCAUCUUCAGCCAGCGGAAGGAGCUGAAGGCCCACCAGGCAGCCCACGCCGAACCCCGGCUGCUGCCCUGCUACGGGGCAGGCUGCGGCGAGGACGGGAGCCCCUUCCUCCGCGUGCACCCCCUCCUGCUCUCCUGCUCCCCCCUCCAGGCGCCCCUGGUGGAAGCCCUGCCCCAUUUCAAGCAGGAGGCCAGCUGCAAAGCGGUGGAACUGGGGGAUGCGGACCCGUAGUGGGGGAGGAAAGAGGCACUCUUUGACUUGACCCCUGAGAGGCCAGCCGGACAGGGAACUGAGGAACCGUGUGCCCCGGGAAGCAACGGGGCCACCGCAGCCCAUGGAUGCGCGCACGGGCCUGUGCGGCUGAAGCCAAGGAAAGGCUCCUGGUUCCUGGAACGUGAGCGUGGUGGGGCUGGGCCCACAGGUCUCUCCUGCUGGUUGAAGCCCAGGCCUGAGAUGGAGUGGGAACCCGAGGGCUGGGACCCCACUGCACCUGACGGAUCGUUCUCACUUCUCAGACUUGCUAGUCUGACACGGAGGCCUCUGGACUGCGCCAGAGGGAGAAGGUUCCGCACUCGUGAAUAGGUUAGCAUACCAGGCACUUCACCCACUGGUCCGGGGGGGGUGGUGGUAUCUGUCCUAAAGCCAGUGGUUGUUUGGAGGGAACAGAGCAGAUCAUCGGGUGUUUAUGAAGGACAAUAAAUUGACAUCCUUGUUAAAGGUCCUGUUUAGAUUUUUAAAACAUGGGAACACCAGCAAAGAUCAUUUCCGCAUUCUGUUUUUUUUAAUAAUGCGAAACAUUAAAAACAAUAAAUCAGAUUUAAGGGGUGCAAUGUAGAACGUAACGUUGCAGAUCCAACACAAGACCAAAAUGAUGGAUGCAGGACAAGACCCAGGUCGUCAGAAGGAGAAAUGACCCCCCCCACAGCCCCUUCCCCCUUGAUACUAUGAUGUUUAACGUCACUAGAAAAAAAUAAACCCUUGGGGAGGCGGAGGAGAAAAGGUGGGACAUGUUUGGACAAGCAGGAUAGGAGUCUUCCUGUCUCCGGGGGCUGGGGAGGGGGAGGUUGGGAGAGAAGAUGCUCACCCAGGGGGUGGGCACAUGGGUCCAGUGGGUGCCCAAGAUGAGUAGGAAGGGAUACCUUCCUGGGGGGGGAGGGUGUUCCAGCGAUGGGUUCAAGGCAGGCUGCCUUUGGAGCUUAUUUCCAGGGGACGAGGGCGCCUCCUCCUGGUCCCUUCCACGCAGGUCCUUCUUUUUGCUCUCUGAGCUGAGUGCCAACCUUCUUCUGGGACCAAGUUAAAGGCAUGCGGGUUGUUUGUGGUUUUUUUCUUUAUAUUUUUUUAACCUUUAAAGCCCUCACUGUCUUGGGUCCAGGCUUGUGGAAGGAUCCCUUCUGACUCGGUUUCUUCAGGCAGGAAGACCAAGCCCUGCGGGAGAAGGAAAAGGUUGGCCCGUCCCCUUUGGUGGCCUUAAAGCCGGGGCUCCCAUCUUGACCUGGGGGCCCCAUGGCUCAGCCAAGAGGUAGUCUUCCGGGGGUGGCCUUGGGGCUGCCGUGGGGUCCCAUUUAUCGGCCACCUGGUGGCACCGAAGAUCCUGGUGGUGGUGGGGGUGGCAGGAGGAGGACCUGGGGAUAAAGAAAGAGGCCCGGGGGCUGGAGGGCGCCAGGGCCUGGGAAGUCUCCUCGUGCGGUCCUGUUGAAUCUGUUUAAAGGCCUCCUUCCCUUCUUCCGCUGAGGCCCCACUUCCAACAUCGGGCGGGGGGGGCAGUUCCUCCAUGCAGUUUUAGGAAGUCCAUCGUGCCCAUGGCCAAGCAGGCGCCGUUCCCCAGGCAGCCAGUGUUCCUGUCUGAAGCGAAUGCCGUCCUUGGCGCUCUUCCCUGUCUUCCCUCUCGCCCCACGGGGUCCAGCCCUGCAGCUUCGGGUGACAGGCUGCGUUGCUCUCGGAACGGAUCUUGACAUCCAUGCACGUCUCCUUCCCAGCGGAGUCUCUUCCACCAUGGAGUUGAUUUCUACCAUAAGAACAUCGCAAGGAUGAGGUUGCAGAGCGAACGCCUGUUUUCUGCUGCUUCAUCAGCCACUCUGGUGGGAAACCCCAUUUUCUCCACAGGCCUCGGCUGUCGGGCCGCCUCCCGCUUUCUCCAUGCAUUUCCUCACUCCCACUGCCUGCCCCCUGGUCCAGCUUGUCCCCCUCCUCCCAGGUCCUCCUCAACAGACCCUCCAUCUGCCCUUUCAGAAAGCGUUCCCAGCGCUCCUUCUCCGGCAGGGGCAGCUGACCUUCCCAUUAGCCAGGGCAAAGAUGCCAUGAUGCCCUCGCCUCCGUGGCCUGGCGCGGGUGGACACUAGAGGGGCUAGAGGGGAGUACUUCAAGGUGGCCGGACACGCUGGCCGUGGCUAACCGGGCACAACCUUUUAUCAGGCAAUGCCAAGUCAUGUUCUGGCCUGGGAGUAAAACUGCCCGACCAUCACUACGUGCAAAAUGUUCUGAACAGAGGGAGGGAGGGAAGGAAGGAACGAUCUCC